UGGCUAAAACUGUGCUAUUUAGUCUUUGUGACUGAUCAAUAUAAAGAUAAGUAACUCAAUAAGAGAUCUGCCUGUAUGUGACUUGUUUUUAUGUAGAGUGAACUGUGGGAUUCCAGAAGUGAAUGCCCUUUCCUAGGGAUCAAGUUAGUUUGAAAUCUUGGUGUCUUGUGCCAAAACAAUUGGCUAAAUUUUAGACUCCCAAAGCCAAUUCACACGUGCCCCAAAGUUUCAGAUAGCGAUUCAUCUGACUUUCAUUGACUAGGAAGCUUCAAGCCAGUUCACUUCCAGCAACGCCGUGACAGGGAGACUCGAGGCUGAAACUGCUGCUCCAAACUACAUACCCUGUCAGGGCUUCCCCCUCUGCGUAAAGGUGGUGCUGUUCCAGGAGUGUGUUUAACCACAGGUGUAUUCAAGUGAUUCGAUCAAUUGAACCAAGAUUCUGGUUCCAUCUGCAUUCCCUUUUGUGUGUUGACAAAGGCAAACCCCACUGCUCUUAUUAAAGAGCUAUGAGCAGAGGUGGUGGCGGUGAUAAAAGAGCACGUAGAGGGAAAGGAAAAAGUCAUCUUCAGUAUUACCAGCCCCACGAUCAGUAUAGCUACACUUAUCCGGCUUUGAAUCCCUUCAAUCAAGGAACGGGAGCUGAUCAUUUUCGAAGCCAGCAGAUCCGGUUUCUCACCGGGCAGACCGCUCGGGCACCUGCCUUUGUGCUUCAGCCGCUAAAUAGGAACCAGGCAUCGUACCAGCAGAGGCAACGAGAUUUCUGUCCAGUGGCCAAGAACUGGUAUAGCAACUUCUGCCAGCAGCCAGUUAGAUCUCCCCGACCCCCGGCUACCCCUGCCCAGAAAGGGAACAAGAACCCCAAGGUUAACAAGGAGUUAGAUCAGCUGUUCUCAAACUUUCAGAAUAUCUCACUAGGUGAAAACCAUCGACAGGAAAUUGUGUCCAUUUUGGGAAAGCUUAGACCAGGGGAAAGGCUACCGGCGCGUAAAAUAGCCAAGCAGCUCUGUGUUGAGAAAAAAAUAGUCAACCACACGUUAUAUGGUCUGCUGGAAGAAAACCGGGUGAGAAAGGAAGGCACUUCACCUCCCCUGUGGCGCCUUGCAGACCAAACCAAAGCAAGAGAGGAAGUUGCAAACCCUGAAAGCCAACGAUCAUCGCCUGAGGGCACAGCUUUACCUCUCCCAUCCAAGGUAGAGGAGCAGGAGUCCGAAGACGAAGACAGCUCUGAAGGUAGCAUGGCCGACCAAUCCAACGUUGGAGAUGGUGAAAGCCAAAAAAGCAAAAUCUUUUCCUUCCUUUUGGAGAAGGAGAAGGCCACUGCUCUUGAGAUUGCCAAAAAUAUUGGGCUGAAGUCAGCCCGGCAAAUCAACCCCACCCUUCACUUAUUUGAAAAUCAAGGUGAUCUCUACAAAGAAUCCGCGUUUCCACCUAUUUGGACCCUUUCAGACCGAAAGAAGGAAGUGCUACUGAGAAAGAGGAAGGCACAUGAAUUGGGUGAGCCCAGAAUUGGAACUGUGGAGGCAAUGGCAGUUCCAGGUGAAAGUGAUGUUUCUCAAGAAGGCGUUGAAGGGAUCACAGUCAGGGAAGAGGGGAGCAUUGGAAAUGGCCAGGCAGUUGCCCUUCAAGGGGAAACAAAUGAUUUGCAGCCCCUGUCCACUUCUGCUCUAUUGCUACUUGAUGUUAAGGGGGAGAGCAAUAGAGCCAAUCAUGCUGAAGCAAACUACUACGACAGCACCACAGGAAAUGGCCAGUGGGCAUCUGAUGAUAUCCCUGAUGACCUGAACAUCAUUAAUCGUGUGAGCGAGGCUGGGGAGACAGUUGGUUUGCCACAGGGCGUGUUAGCCGGCAAGCCGGGUUCUGAUCAACACCCGGCACUUUCACCGACAGACCGGCUUCGUGCCUGCUUAACGAAGAACCCAGUCAGCGGCCUCAUGGAAUAUUCACAGGGCUCGGCAUUGCAAUGUGAAUUCAUUCUCCUCGCCCAGACAGGGCCAUCCCACGACCCUCGGUUCAGGAUGCAGGCCGCUAUAGGCGGCAGGAAAUUCCCUCCGGCCGAAGCUAACAGCAAGAAAACGGCCAAGAAGGAUGCAGCAACCAACGCUCUGAAGGUGCUGCUGAAGGAGAUUCUGGGCGAAGACGUCGAGAUUCCUCCUUCCUCGCCCCAUCCUGAGCCUCCGGUUACAAUGGAGUGUGCACCUCUUCCAAGCGAAGUGAAGACUGAACCAUGUACUGUGUCUCAACCCAUGCUGCCUGCAGGAAAAAACCCAGUCUGCAUGUUAAUGGAAUAUGCGCAGAAGUCAGGCAAUGCCUGUGAAUUCCAACUCGUGUCACAGAGUGGUCCUCCCCAUGACCCUAGGUUUACCAUCAUGGUUAAACUAGGGAACGAGACCUUCCCAACUGCCACAGCAAACAGCAAGAAGCUGGCCAAGAUGUUGGCGGCACAGGAAGCUGUCGUCAUUCUCCUGGGAAAUUCUCCCCCCUUUUCUUCCAAGCCCUCGGACACCAACAUGGAAAAUUCUGUUGCUCAAACCUCCAUUCCAUCCCUGUCAACGAUGGAUUUGGAAGCUGCCCAGGCAGCUGGCUUGGGAGAGCUCAUCGCCUACCUGAACAAGAACCCCAUCGGAGGCCUCCUGGAAUACGCACGCUCGAAGGGAUUUGCAGCAGAGCUCAAGAUGAUAGACCAGUCGGGACCGCCCCAUGAUCCCAGGUUUACCUACCAGGCGAAGGUUGGAGGCCGAUGGUUCCCUCCGGUGAGUUCAAGCAGCAAGAAGCAGGCGAAGCAGGAGGCAGCAGAUGCCGCUCUCCGUGUCCUUAUUGGUGAGGGCGAGAAGGCAGCACGGACUGGAGAGUUUCCCUCAGAGCUGCCUGUGUCCGGGGGUACGAUGCAUGAUCAGAUUGCCAUGCUCAGCCAUCAGUGCUUCAACAGUUUGACAGCACGUAUCCAGCACAGCCUGCUGGGCCGAAAGAUCCUGGCAGCCAUCAUCAUGAAGAAAGGGGAUGAGGACCUGGGAACCACAGUCAGCCUGGGCACAGGUAACCGAUGUGUUAAGGGAGAAGAGCUGAGUCUUAAAGGGGAAACGGUUAAUGACUGUCAUGCUGAAAUCAUUUCACGGAGGUGCUUCAUAAGAUUCCUGUACAGUGAGUUGUUGAAGUAUGACCCCGCAUCUCCAGAUGACAGCCUUUUUAUUCCAGCUCAGGACAACAGGUUACAGAUUAAACCAGGAAUAACGUUUCACCUCUACAUCAGUACUGCCCCCUGUGGUGAUGGAGCCCUGUUUGAUAAGUCAUGCAGCGAACCCCCCACCAAAGAAGGAGACGAUUCACACCACCCACUGUUUGAGAACAUGAAACAGGGCAAGCUGCGCACCAAGGUGGAAAACGGUGAAGGUACCAUCCCAGUGGAGUCGAGUGACAUUGUCCCAACAUGGGAUGGGAUUCAGCAUGGGGAGCGACUCCGCACCAUGUCCUGUAGUGACAAGAUUCUGCGCUGGAAUGUGCUGGGCCUUCAGGGGGCUCUGCUCUCCCACUUCAUCCACCCUGUCUAUCUAAGCUCCGUUACCUUGGGUUACCUUUACAGCCACGGUCACCUGGCCCGUGCAGCAUGCUGUCGCAUGUCCAGGGAUGGUGAAGAGUUUCAAUCAGGCCUGCCUUACCCUUACACAUUGAAUCACCCACAGAUCGGCAGGGUUAGCGUCUAUGACUCAACACGGCAAACUGGGAAAACAAAGGAGUCGAGCGUAAACUGGUCCUUGGCAGAUGGAACGGAGGUAGAAAUUCUGGACGGAACCAAAGGGAAAGUGGAUGGGCCUCAGCUUGACGUCUCGCGAGUCUCCAAAAUCAACCUUUACAAUCUUUUCCGGCGGCUGUGCACGAAGACCAAUCGUCAAGACCUGCUGGCGAUGGCCUCCUACUCUGACGCCAAGGCAGCUGCCGCAGAUUUCCAGAACGCCCGGACCCUGUUCUUCAAAGCCUUGGAGCAGAUGAACUAUGGCAACUGGAUCCAGAAGCCUCUGGAGGAGAAGAGUUUCAUGAACAGCGAAGUGUAGGGGACGGGAAGGGUGAAAGGGGGAACAAUUCUGUACAGAGGUUGUAGAGAAUUUAAAAAAAAAAUGCAGAAAACUUUUUUUUAAAAAAAAAGUUACCACACAAUUCCCAACAUUCCUUUAUAAAUCUGUCAAAUGUUUAUAAUCGAAUGUAGUUUAAAAAAUAAUGAUGUAGGCCUGAUUUUAAAAGGAGAGUCACUUAAGCUAAGAAUCGUAGGGAUUGGGGAUGGAGGGUGACCUCUUUCACACAGAUACUUCCACAAGAUCAGGUGCUGCGUGUCCCUCUUGGGAAGGAAGUGCUCGGAGUGGGGUACCCAGACACAGUGCGACACUAAUAAUUCUUGUCCUGGAUUGUUAUUGGAUCAACUACGUGACUCUGAAAAGGACGGGGAUGAGGAAAGAGAAAGCAAGGGCGCAUAUGGGUGAUAGACAUCCAGCAGCAGUCAUGCUUAGAACUCACUGCCUUCUCCAUUCUCAUUUCUCCCCCCCCCCACUGCUGCCAGAGUCCCCGCUUGUCUGCUUAGUAGCUUCAGGACACUGGUUACAUUUGCUUGCAGUCAGGUGAUGGAAUGAAUUGAGGAGCAAAGUUUUUGAAUGUUAUACUUUAAUUGAAAUUUCUGCAGAGACAACUUUGCGAAAAUUUAAAUUUAUAAGUUAUGCUCAAAAAAAACUUUGCUCCCCUCUCUCUCUCUCUCUCCCUCUCUGCCUGUUUCGGAGAGCAAUCCAUAUGAGGUCAGUAGACCACAUGGUUUUACCCGAGUUAUAGUUCCACAUCUGAGGCGCUCGCUCUCCUUCCCUUUACUUCCCAGCUAUGUUUCUAUCACCUGUUGUUCUCCCUGUUUGAGAGUCGAACAUGAGGAUGAAGAGCACCUGUUAGAACAAUGUUAGAGUAAUGGAAGCUGUACCCUUGAAAUGCUGCACCCUUGUAAGUUGGUCCACCAUCUCCAGGAGAGGGUAGAGAUUUUUGGGGGAGAUGGGGAGGGACUAUCAACAGAAUAGGAACAUGAUCAGAAGCCAAAUUAUUUGUUGCUGCUUUGUUGGAAGAUAGCAUCUCGUAAGUUGACCUCCGAGGUAGUUGCAGACACUGACAAUGUUUGAUAUCUUGGCAUGGGAUUGCUGCGUGACUUCCAUCAGGUGUAGGAGUAAGGGGGGUGCAGUGUUGUAUAGAGUGAUGAGCUAGGUGGGUCCAAAGCGCCUCCCUUACAUACAUGUGUCCAAGUGAAAUCACUGCAGUUCUGUUAGUGUUGCAUGUUUAUCUUUUGUUCGUUCAAAGACUGACCAACAACUGUGUGCAACUUUGAAGCAAAACUCCAAAGUAUUAAAAGCUGCUCAGAGCUUGCGCUCGCAGCGUUAAACCUGUCUUGCACCUUCACAGACAGACCUGCGCAUUUCCAUCCCUCCAUGAACACUGCGUGAUGCCUAUGACAGGGCAUCAUCACACAGGCUGAACUUGGCUGUCUCCCUGCUGCUUUUACAAACUGUUUUCACCCUCUUCAUACAAUGCAACUGGGGGGUUGGUUAAUAAGAGUGCCUCUGACCUGUCCCCUUGGGGUGAGGUGCCUGCUGCUGAGCCCCAGGGUUUGUGCCAAGAUAUUGGCCUGAUUCGAGGCCGUUUUAUCUCCUGCAGCUACCUGCCUCCCAUCAGAAGCUUUGGGCACCUGAUGUUGUGAGAGUUUGCAGUUACAGAGCCUGGAUGCCUGCUGUUCUCCAUGAAGAAUGUUGGCAUAGAGUGGUUAGAGAAAUUGAGUCCAUGGAAUGAAGUAGAACCAUCUUGUGCUCCUUCACCUCUGUGGACCAGCCUUGAGUCCAGCACAGAAUGCUGAAAAUCAGCACUUGCAGUUAAAUUGUUGAGCUGUAGAACACUGGGACACAGUACUGGUGGGAACAGGUCUGUCACUGUAUAACACUGGGGUACAGUACUGGUGGGAACAGGUCUGUCCCUGUGUAACACUGGGGUACAGUUCUGGUGGAACAGGUCUGUUGCUGUGUAACACGGGUGUAGCACUGGUGGGUGCAAGUCUUUCGAUGUAGCUAGCAGCAAAGGAAUCAGUUUGUGGUACUGACUGAACUAAUUAUUGGCUAUAGACGAAGACUGAGUUUGUCGAAGGGUUUCUGGCUGUGUUUUCAGCCACUACAGAUGGGUGCUAUUGCCUGUAUGGUUCACGCUAUUGCCUGUAUGGUUCACACAGUCAAGUAUGUCCCUACCACUCAUCCUCACCACUAUGUAAGUUUUUACUUGUUUGAGAAGGGGGUAGCAGUCAGGGUCUUGCACCAUUACUUGCAAUGGUGAGCGAAUGUUUAAUGAGCAUCGUACUUUCUCUUAGCAAUUGUGAAAAAAACUUGCCAGUGUAUUUUUUUUAAAUAAAAGUUUAAUCACUUUCUGAUGUAUUGCAGUUUUGGAAAGUCCGCCUGCAUUAUAUCUGAUUUUAGUUCCCAUUAAAUGUUCUGCGGACAGAAGCAGGAUUGAAGCUCUCAUGCUCCAGGUGUGUGUUUUUUUUUGUUAUUGCAAUCCAGGUUUGCAGUUGGUCUUAAACAGACGACCCCAACCCCCACCAUUGUAUGGGUGAAGGGUUUGGAGAUAUCAGACAGCAAAAGAACCCGGUUUAAAAAUCUAACACUUCUACCUUUACUGCAAUCAAAGUAAAUUGCUGUUUAUUUUUCCCGUUUAGUCCCCACCCAUUGAUUCUCUGUCUGACUCCAGGUGCAGUGUGCGCUGACCAUUCUUUCCUCUGCAAGGCAGAGGUGUCACUCAGGCUUGUGUUGAGUGAGUAAUGAUCAACUGAUUCUAAAAUGAGCAAAAGCCACAAGCUGGGUUUAACAUCCUGUGUUACCUCCCUUGCCACCUGCCAAGCCUUGCACAGUGUUACUGCAGCCACAUUCCAUCCUGGAUCAUUGGAAAUGUGGAUGUGCAGCAGGGGGCCCGAGGAGGGAAUGGAAUUGGUGAAUACUUUCACUUGGAGCUGCAAAUUCUGGGGAAACUGUGCUGAGCAAUGGCUGUGGAGGCCAGUCACUCCUCAGUGGUCUCUGACUCUGCCUGACAGCCUGUUUCAAGGGAAGUUGGUUUUGGGAGUGGGGGUGGGGGGCAGCGGUGUUCAGUAGGAGUGUGCGCACAGGCAACAUGCCUGUCCCUCAAUCCCAAGCUACCCGAGGGUGAGCACACGCAGCUGCACAUUGGUUACCUCAGCUUUCAGCACCUCUCUCUUUUUAAUCUGUCUUUUUCUUGGUGGGUUAGUUGGACCUUGCUCCACACAGCCCUCCCUGACGGUGAUGGAAAUGGUAAUCUACUUUUGCUGGGGAGCUCCAGGCAUGAGGAGCGCCUUUCCAUUCCACAGAAAAAAAUGGUUUACAUGUUUACCAUGGACUGAUUCAGUCCCACUUCCCAUCCAGUUUGCAAUUGUUGAUGGUUCAAAUGUCGGUCAGUCUUGAAUUAAAACAUAUUGUGUACAGUAGAGAGGGAUAUGCAACACAGGACAAAAACAAGUUCAGAAAGAAUUACUCUUUGCUCUUCCUGUCUCCCCAGCACACAUGCUACUGAACCUCUGCAUGAGCCAUUUUGGAUCAUGUUUGUCAGUUUGCUUUUUCUGCAAACGCAAUGAUUGGGGUAUUACGAUAAACCAGCAUCUUGCCUGUUCCACUUGGGGUUCCCGCGUACAAGAGGAAACCUUACUGGACAGCGCGAGGCUGUGCCACAGGCACUGUAGUUUCUUUCUGACCUCCAGUAUUCAUGGGAAGGGAGAAGGAAGAAGCUGUCACUUUCAAUCUUGGGGAUCUUUUUAAUCAGCUUUUCUUAAUCCUCCCUUUGAGUAGUGAGGGCACCUAAUACUGGGAGGCUGUUUGUGUGAAAGAGGCCUGGAAUUGUUUUUAAUGGCAGUGCACUGCAUGUCGAUCAGCUUGUUCCCAACGCUUGUUAGUAUGCUUUGGGAGUUUUAUUGGGGCUGGGAGGGUGAGGGAAUGUGUUACUUCUCUGUGUGCGUGUGUAUAUGCUCCGUUUUUACAGGAUUUUGUUUUUUGUAACAGCUAGCAAGUGUCUUGUUUUCAUCCAUUAAAUCCUCUAGAAUAAAUUGGAUGUUCAUCUUUUAA